AGGUAGAAACUGUUAAUGCCCGGUGUGUCCAUAGCUUAUUAUUAUAUGCUAAUAAUGUUAUAUUGAGAAUAAAUUUGUAUUUUUCUGAUUUGAAAUUCCUUUUAAUAUUAUAAUUUUUCUUUUUUACAUUUAACUUUACUUAAAUGUGGAUCAAUUGUUAUGUUGGCAUCACAUUUUUGUAAUAAGUGGAUGAAAAAUAUUCCUAAUUUCAUUGACUCUUGAAUUAAAAAUAAAAAAAGAACAAAAACACUCCUCCCUCAUGCACUAUUGAAAAACCCUGCUGGCCAAGCACAUACCAUUAUCGCGUGGGGGCGUGCGGGUCAACAGUCGCUUUACAUUACUGGACCUUAAUAAGUGGUGCUGAGCAAGGUCUAAUCUGACGGGGGUGUGGAGUUUGUAAAUGCAAUAAAAGAGAAAGAAAUAGAUAGAUUAUUUAAUUAUUAUUUUUUUUUGGGGGGGGGGGCUUUCAACUUGGACUCUUUCUUUAUAAGACAGGAGGGGCAUCCUAACUCAAGCCUCAUGUGACUGGAAAAAAAAAAAAAGAAAACACUCACGCGCGCGCGCCGUGGGCUCGUGAACAACCGUGGAAGUGUGCGGGAGACUCGUUUUCGUCCGUCUCGUGAAUUCAGUAACGCCGAGUUAAGGAAACAGCCGCGCGCCUCGUUUUAAAGUGCCACCGACAGAGAUUUUAAUUGUUUUUUUUUUAGUAUUUUUUAAGAAACAUGGCUUGGAGAGGAGGGAGAAACGACCGACAUCUAAUUUUAUCAAAGGCUUUUGCUUCCUACGACCCCAGGACUUAAAGGAACAGAAAGGUGAUGCCUGUGUGUACCCACAACAAUCGGAAAUGACAGGAAAUCGUCGUUGCGGUGUCGUUCAGCCAGAGAAGGUGAUGACCUGGAUUGUACCAUGUGAAUUGACUGAAAGACCAUGAAGCCCACACACAAGCUGCUCUUCAUCCUCUGUCCCAUACUGGUCCUGGGCUUUAUCUACUACUCUUCAUGGAAGCUGCAUUAUUACAUCUGGGUCCAGAGGCCUCAGAUUGAUGCAGAGGAAGCAACUGUAGUCCUGACUAAUGCUGCUGAUGUGAAAGGAAUGACAGAGAUGGAAAUAGACAUCGGCGUUGGACGAAUAGUAGGCUCAGGUACUUCUGCAGCCCAUCCAGCUAAACCCCUCCCCGUCAUUGUGUUCCCUCCACACCAUUUCAGAGAAAAUGUGUAUGACAAACAGGGCUUUCUGGUGCAGCUGGAUACACAACUAUCACAAGAUUUGUUGUACAAGUAUGGAAACCUCAGCGAAGGGGCCUGCAAGCCAGGAUAUGCCGCCGCCAAGAUGGCUUCCAUUUAUCCAAAGUUCAUGAAAUUAGCACCCAUGUUUCUAGAUCCAAACUUCAAACGACUAGGUAAAGUCAGCAGCUACAUGCCUCCAUUUGGAUUCAAAACUCAAGAGAAAUUAAUCGACAGCAUCCUUAGAGAAACAAAGAGUUACGGACUUGGAGAGCAUUUAGACAGCCUCAGCUGUAAAAGAUGCAUUAUUGUUGGCAAUGGAGGAAUCCUGUCCAACAAGUCUCUGGGCUCUCGUAUAGAUCAGUACGACGUUGUGAUAAGACUUAAUGAAGCUCCAGUUAAAGGUUACAGCAAAGAUGUUGGAUCCAAAACCACUAUGAGGAUUACUUAUCCAGAGGGAGCCAUCCAGAAACCUGAAAACUACGAAGAUAACUCGCUUUUUGUCUUUUCUGCUUUCAAACCACUGGACUUCAAAUGGCUUAAACAGAUGGUCUACAAAGAGAAGGUGAGAGGCAUGGAGGGCUUUUGGAAGUCGGUGGCUCAAUAUGUGCCUCGAGAAGCAUCUGACAUGAGAAUCCUCAACCCCUACUUCAUCCAGGAGGCUGCAUUCCAGUUCAUUGGCUUGCCAUUCAACAACGGCCUGAUGGGCAAAGGGAACAUUCCAACUUUGGGAACAGUUGCUAUAACGAUGGCGCUGCACAACUGCGACGAGGUGGCAGUGGCUGGUUUUGGCUAUGACAUGAACAUGCCUUAUGCUCCCCUGCACUACUACGAGACUGUCAGGAUGUCCACUAUUAAGGAGUCUUGGACACACAACAUACCCAAGGAGAAGGAGUUCCUGCGCAAACUGGUGAAGGCCAAUGUGAUCACAGAUCUCACCAACGGUAUCUGAGUUUACACCCACCCACAGUCUCCCUCUGCCGUUUCCAAGACAAAGAAAAGCUGGAAGCAGGAAAUGGACUGACUCGGAGGAGAAAACCUUUGGAUCCCGCCGGGCUCCACCAAAGGUUUUAAUGUAUUAAGAAAAGAAAGCUGUAAUAACGUGCGCGGUUUAUCGGAGGGGGACGCACUCAACGUGCCUUCUGAACCAAAGACUCCUGCUUCCUGCGACGGGGGAGCAAACGUGCAUCGCGAGGGUCCGCCCGGUCCUGUCCCAACGACCGUGGCUCUGCUGCUACGUUCACCACCGCAGGUGUCUCGCCGGACACACGGCGGGGCGGAGGGCCGUCGGCCUGCGCGGUGGAGCAGAGAGGGGGGGAGAUGGGGUAAAAGCAGUGCCAAACAUACCUCGCACAGGGAAGAGGUCGUCCUCUCCCGCCAACGCCUGAAUGUAUUCAUCUUUCUGAGUGUAUAUAUCCGAGAUCUGACUGUGCUCGUCACAAGCUUUUGUCCAUUGAGUCAUCAGGUUUCUUUGUUCGUUCGCUCAAAGUCGAAGCUGUACGACACCUGUUCCACCGACUGGUAUGACUACAAGUGUUCAGAGCGAAGAAAUCUGUGAUUGAACAAGAAAAUAAAUGUAGGAACGAACAAAAAGAAUCUGUAUUCUACAAAGCAGUACAGGACAGGUUUACACUAAGCAUCAGCAGAAAUGUAUUUAUUAAAACGUGGAGUACAUUUAUUUUCUCUUUCCUGUUUAGAUUUAUUCCCCUGUAACAUCCUCCCUGACCUCUUGAGCUGAAACAUUCCUCCCGAGGCUGGGUUUGACAAAAUCUGAGUGGAUCAGUCCAUCAAAUCCAUACUUUUUUUUUUGGGAAAGAGCCUUAUUUUUCUGUGAGUUUUUAUUAAAAAAAUGUAUAGUUUAUCAAUAAAAGCUACAUUUUUUUUUCAGUUUAAAUUACUAGUAUCUGUUUUUAAAAACAGAAAAAAAAAAUUUCAUUUUGGCAAAAAAUGACGAAUAUUAUUAUUAUUUUUUUUUUUAGGAAGUUUUGCAGCAAUUUCUUUUCAUCUCAUGUUGGUUACUGCUGGUAACCACCAAUAAGUUCAUGUUCAGUAUUAAUCAUUGUGACCGAUCUGCAAAGACUGACUCCCAUUUGUAUUUUCUGAGCAAGCGAGCUCCAUCAGCCCUUUCAGUGUUCUGAGCUGCCCGGUCCUUUCUUCACUCAAUCAUCUGCGAGCCUUCAGCUUCCACAGACUUCCACAUGGAGCUCUGUCCAGGCUCGCUGCAGUUGCUGCCAUAAAUCCAAAAGUUUUGGAUUGUACAGUACAAAAAUACUAUAUAAAUAUAAAUAUAUAUCUAUAUAAACAUAUUACUUUCUGAGUUGAUUAUUUAUUUUGUGAUAAACUCCGAUGGAUUGGGCCACAGGCUGGCCGUCCUGUUGGGUUUGCUCUUGCUUCGGCGCCGUGGGCUUCCUCUCAGAUUCAAUCAUCUUUUCAACAUCCUGAAUCAGUUGGAAAAACAGACUUCUGUUUACAUUGUGCAUUUUCUUUUCUGUUACAUGUCAGUUUGGUCAUGUAAUGAAUCGGCUAUUUUGUGCUGAUUCAUCCUCUGUUGUGUUUGAGCAUGAGCGGAGGGGGGGGGUGAAUGUCCAGGAUGUUUUUCAUGUCAAUAUUUUAAUCAGCUUUACAAAGUUUUCGUGCAUUUCAGCCGUCGUCUUAUUCUUCUUUCUGUUUGCACCUGGGGGUUGUGCGUUCACGCCCUCGUUUUUUUUUUUUUUUUGGUGGCCGGUGCAGCAGCGUGCUCCGCCCCCGUCGAAGCGCCUCCACAGGUUGGAGAAGCGGAAGGUGGCGACUGCCUUACACUUCACGAUCGACCCAGUUUGCAGCUUAAACUGCUUCCUUUUGUUUUUUUGCCCCACAACACGCUUGUUAAUUACCCCCUUCCUCACCUGAGAAGACUUGAACAUCGUGGUGGUUUUGCCCGCUUUAGCCCAGGAGAUAACUCACUGAAUUUCCACAAUCCGUCUUUGUGCCUUUUAUGGGAUGACGCGAUUGGACUCUCACAACCCUUCAGUCAUCUGCUUUCUUUGACACUUUAAAUAUCAUCCCUGUUCCUUUAAACGUGCACUUUUGGGCUAAAACGGGGCAAAUGUGGUUCUCAGGAGUUGGAGACCGAGCAGAUUUGCGCGUGUGUACGGCCACUUCCUCAAUGCUGGACGGUUUCAUCACAUAUCUGUGCUUUUCUGAUCGAAUUCGAGCUGAAUGUAUUUCUUUUUUUCCUCCCUCAUGUUUGUAAACUUUAUUUUCUCAGUAUCUGCAUUUGUUCAAGUCAACUCUGAAGUGUUAAUCUCUGUUUUUGUACACAUUUAUUUGCUUCUAUCUAUGGAAUAAAUCAUUUUAAACAGAC